AUGAACCUUCCAUCCACAAAACCCUCUCUUUCAGACCCACCCACUCCAACCCCUCUCAACGGCUUCCCCUUCGUCAAAGGCGAAUGUGGCAACUGCGGUGUCAAAGAACGUUGGCUUCUCCACAACGUCGUCGUUCGCGGUGUCGAUCGCCGAAUUUGCACCUCCUGUGUCCUCCGUCUUCAUCCAUCGUCUUUCUGCCCCUGUUGCUUUGAAUUCUAUGAACACCCCGUUUCCAUCACUUCAUCUUCAUCUGCGCACCGUUUCGUCUCGUGUGCCAAAUGCUCUUCCCUUUCCCAUAUUCACUGCCUACCUUCUCCUCCUCCUUUGCCUUCUCCCUACCUCUGCCCUCCUUGCUCCAAACCGAACUUCACCUUCUUCCCUGUUCCCGAAGAAAUUGUUGAGGUGAAUCUUUCCAAGAUUUUCGUCUGUGCCUCAAAGAUCGCUCUAGCUUCAAUGAAAAAGCAACACACUAUGUCCAGUGUUAGGUGUGAAAAGGCUGUUAAGGAGUCUGCUCUUGCGAGGAAGAGGACUAAGGAGUCCAUAUAUCAAUGCUUUACUAUUGAAAGGCAUAAGGAUUCGCCUGAGUUAGAGAAUAUCAUCAAGAGUGUGUGUAAAAAAGAGGACUUGGUUGGUUAUGGUGGAGGGUAUCCACAGUCCCCAAAUGGUCCUCUCAAUAACAAAAUUGGGACGAAUGGGAUUGGGAGUCCUGCUAUUAUGAACAAAAUUGGGGCUAAUGGGGCUAAUGGAAGUGAUGGGAGAAUAGGGAAUAAUGGUGGAAGAUUUGGUGCUUCUGCUUUCAAAGCUUCAGCUUAA